AUGGAGAUCAGUAAAAAUCGCAGUAGUGGUACCAAUGGAUCGAACGUACUGGCCAAGUGGCGACGACGUUCCCUUGUUCCACCAACAUGGGAAACCUCGGUUCGUCUGGUUGAAGUGAAGGAGUCUGCGGCUGCUGGCAGCGCUCUGGCCCAGGCCUUUGCGACUGACGCUAUGAGCCAGUAUGUGCUCGAUGGGGACGACAUGGCCGAUUACUCAGACGAACAGAUAUGGAAGCUCCAUGUUGACUAUAUGACUUAUAUGGUUGCAGCACACUGCUAUAAAGGAGUUGUGACUGCUAUUGGGUCAGAUUAUGAUGCUUUAGCUCUCUGGCUUGCUCCGGGCCAACAGAUGGAUGACUGGUGGACUAGUCUUCGUAGCGGUAUGUGGAAACUAUACUACCAGUUGUCAGCUGAAGGGCGGAGACGAUACUAUGACGAGAUGCUGCCCGUCCUCGACCAGACGAAAGAAGAUAUCAUGGGCGAACGGAAUGAGGAGUGUUACUACCUCGUCUAUAUAGGCACAAAGCCUAACGCACAAGGCAGGGGUUAUGCCGGAAAGCUGAUUCGAGACAUGGUUACAAAGGCCGAUGCUGAACAGCGUCCUAUGUAUCUCGAGUCCAGCACCGAACGUAACAACGGCUACUACGCCAAGUUCGGUUUCGAGGUCAAACAUCACGUUGUGUUCGAGGGCGGACCGGAGCCCAUCACGAUGUGGAUCAUGGUUCGCGAGCCUCAGACUCCACGACCUGCUUGCAGCUCUGUCGUCGUUUCUGCCGUCAGCAGUGCCGUCAAGUUCUAG